AUGGGCGAAUCGAUGAUAUCUCCGUCGAUUGAAUAUGAUUAUUUGAUCAAGUUUUUAGCUCUAGGUGAUUCUGGUGUCGGAAAAACGACAUUUCUCUAUCAAUACACCGACGGACAGUUCAAUCCGAAGUUUAUCUCGACCGUUGGAAUCGAUUUUCGUGAAAAACGUGUUGUUUACAAACCAAGAACAUCUCCAAAUGCCAAACCAUAUCGAAUUCAUUUGCAACUUUGGGAUACAGCAGGACAAGAACGUUUUCGCAGUUUAACAACUGCGUUUUUCCGUGAUGCCAUGGGCUUCAUUCUAAUGUUUGACUUAACAUCUGAACAAUCGUUUCUCAACGUACGCAAUUGGCUUGCUCAAUUACAAUGUCAUGCUUAUUGUGAAGAUCCUGAUGUGAUAUUAGUUGGUAAUAAAGCUGACCGAGAAGAAGCUCGCGUCGUUUCACAAUCACGUGCUAAGGAAUUAGCCGAUAAAUAUUCUCUACCAUACAUUGAAACAAGUGCAUUCACAGCACAAAAUGUUAAAGAAACAAUCGAAACAUUAUUAGAAAAAGUUAUGAUAAGAAUGGAAAAAACGAUAGCUCAGAUUCAUUUCAUUAAAACAAAGUCUAAAUUGCAUAAAUCCAUCUUUCCUGUACGACAACCACCGGUCGUUUUACCGGGUGAAGAAAAAACCGGAUGUGCAUGUUGA